UUUGUGGAGAAAAAAAAACAGUAAUUGUGAAAAGACCGGUUCGCUUAUUUGCAUAGGGAGUGGCUUGAAUCGUCACGUGAGGUUCGAGACGGUGACAGUUUUUGGUUUCGCCGGCCUAAAAGGCGGUGAAAAGAUUUGUCAAUGGAAAGUCACUAGCAAGCUGCCUGUUGAUACUUAGACGAUCUCGGGUCUCUAGUCCUGAAAAUUGGCUCCGGCUUUGGAAGAGACAGUGGGAUGUCAAACUAGACACUCUGAUUUGACAUCGCGACCGGUUUGUUUAAGUUGUGAGGUGCCGCGAUGGACGGACAAGAGGAGGAGGCGCAGCAGUUGAACGGUACUGAUGAGAACCUGUUAAAGCUACUGACGUUUAAAGUGUACAAGAGGCGAUGGAUCGUGUUACUGGCGCUCUGUCUGCUGAACUGCUCUAACGCCAUGCUCUGGCUGAGUUUUGCCCCAAUUGCAGACCAGACGUCUCAGUUCUACGAUGUGACGCUGGACCAGGUUAACAUGCUGUCUCUUAUCUAUCUGAUAGUGGCAAUUCCAUUCGGCUUCGGAACUUCUUGGAUGCUUGAUACUCUAGGACUUAAAUCUUGUCUGAUCUUAAGUUCCUGGCUGAACAUGAUUGGUAGCAUUUUACGGUACCUCAGCACUGUAAACACAAAGAUCUAUCCAGUCCUGAUGGUUGGUCAGACCAUAAGUGCUCUUGCUCAACCUCUUGUGCUCUUCUCUCCCACUAAACUGGCAGCCCUUUGGUUUCCAGAGCACCAGAGAGCUACUGCCAAUAUGCUCGCUUCAAUGUCUAAUCCCCUUGGAGUUCUGCUUGCCAACAUUCUUUCUCCUAUAAUAGUCAAGGAUGUUUCUGAUAUUCCUACACUGCUUGUUAUUUAUGCCAUUCCAGCUUCAGUCGCGUGUGUUCUAGCAACAGGAGGAAUUCGUGAAAGAGUUCCUCCAACUCCUCCUUCAGCUACAGCCAUGAUGUCUACCUCAGAAAACUUUAUUGAUGGAGUUAAACUGCUCAUCAAGAAUAAGCCAUACAUGAUCCUGCUUGUCUGCUUUGGGGCUGGUAUUGGCAUUUUUACUUGCUUCUCAACGCUCUUGGAACAGAUUCUGUGUGUCAAAGGAUACUCAAAUGGCUUUGCUGGGCUGUGUGGAGCGUUGUUCAUCGUGUUUGGAAUAUUCGGAGCCUUCUUACUUGGAAUUUAUGUGGACAAGACGAAGUACUUCACAGAAGUCACCAAGAUCAGUUUCUGCCUGACUGCGAUAGCCAGCAUAGCAUUUGCUGUGCUUUCUCAGAUGAGGAAUCAAAAGCCUGCCCUAGCAGUUAUUUGUUCCCUUUUUGGAAUGUUUGGCUUUGCGAUUUAUCCAAUCAGUUUGGAACUUGCUGUUGAAUGUUCAUAUCCCGUUGGAGAGGCAACAUCAGCAGGACUCAUCUUUAUUUCAGGGCAGAUCCAGGGGGUGAUCUUCAUUGUCCUAUUUCAACUGAUGACUAAGCAUCUGGCUGAUUCUCCUUAUUCGACGUGUAAACUCCAAGAUGACGCCACCCUUAGCUGGAAAGUCCCCACCCUGGUGAUGGCCGCCAUUUGUACUGUGGGAGCCUGCGUCUUUGUUCUAUUUUUCCACACCGAGUACAAGAGACUUCAAAAGGAGACCCUGAUCAACACGGGCCACGACAGUGAAGAGAGCGAAGAAACGAGCAACGAGGAAGAGCGGGUAUUACAGGAAACAUAGCAUUAUAGGCGUAUAGUUCUGAUUUUAUUGGAAUCCUUGAACUAUUAAUUUGCACAAAAGAACAUAUUUUAUAAUACAAAUAUGAACCGUGAGUUCAUUUAACUGAUGCAUGAUGGAUUCCACAUGAUGGGGACUCCAUGAUCUGGGAAAGCUAUUCUAUUGUUCGGCAAAAUGCAUUAAAAAAAAUCUACCCAGUACCCUCUCUCAAAAAAUAACACUACCUACUGACACAGGCAACUCCUUGGUCCAGCUUCAUAUUAACAGUCUGACAUUAAACAAAAAACAUCAAAUACUUUCUGUUUGUCAGACCUGUAAGAGGGAAACGAGCAAAAGUGAAUCUCUGGCACGAGAGCUUGGCCAGCAGGAAUGUGGACUCGCUCAUUGGAGGACUUGGCUUGUAGUGGGCGUAGAAUUAGACAGGACAGAGCCAUCUUUUAUGGCUUCCCAAAACUGGAGUGUAUUAACGCUUUAGGGCUCCACAGUGGCAAAGGAGAUCGUGGCAUCGCAUGUCAAUUUCAGGAUCAGCAGAGGAUGUCUGAGCUUCAGGUGAAAUUUAAGUUUGUUCUUCAGCAAGGCGGCUUGUUGAUUAUUUUCAUGUCAGUUUUCAUAAUCUACACUGAAGGUCAAUAUUACUUUAACUUAGCUAUUUAUUUGCGACAAUUUUAGCUUAUACUUUAAUAGCUGUUUUACAUUCACAGUCUGGGCAGUCACUUCACCCAAAAACUGUACUUUUUCUUAUACGUUACAUACCCCAUGUAGUUUGUAGUGAUGCCUGAGAACUGAUUUUUUAGAACUGAAUGACUUUACAUGUGGAUAAUGUGACAUGAGUAAGAUGAGAGGUUUUCAUAUUCUUUGCUGUUGCCAGCAAUGGUCCACAGUGCCAGUUGAAGCCCCCUCAUUGUUCAUAUUAGGUAGUUGGCACUAUUAGACUUCAAUGAUCUCUUGGGGGCCAGUCCCCCUCGGUGUCCAGAGCACGCACCCCUUCAAUAGCACAAAUGGCGCCCCCUUGUGCAUAAACUACGAACUUUAAGAAGCACAUGCCUCUUGGUGUACAGAGUGUGCACACUAAGUUUCUUUUUUUUUUGACAACCUGGGUGGGGGGGUCCCCCUUGGUAUUUGGGGAGAAACAGCAUCAUAUUGUCAUACUUCUAUGAUCGAGUGGGGUUUUUGGAUCAAAACCUUUUCUAUGUCCAUUCUGUACAAACACAUGAGAUUUCUUCUUUGCCGUGACCACAAACUACACGGGGUAAGUAACAAAUAAAAAUAUAUUAAAUAUAUAGUGGAAACCAGGGGUGCUCUAGCUGCCUCAACCCCGACACAGACAGGCAGAGACAAGAGUUUGCCACACAACACACGUUUAUUCACGUAGGAAGCGUUUUUCCUUCUCUCCCCACAGCCUCACAGUACAAGCACCAAAAUAGCACAGUCCCUUCUUCUUCUCUCUUUGUCGUCCACCUUCACUCCUCCUCCUCUUGGCAAGCUUUGUCCCUCUUCCUCCUGGCUCUGGCUCUGUGAAUGGAGUGAGUUGGCUCUUUUUAAGCAGACCCUGGGAGUGUUCCCGGUGCCUCAUUAAUCAGACCUGGAAUCACCCCAAGGUGUUGUGAAGCCAUAUGUGGAGCUCAGCAGGUCCCCCCGGCAGCCCCCAUGGAACCCAACAGAGGUUUGCCAUACUCCAACUGCCAGUAUGCCCUGCAUAUAUCCAUGUUGCCACAGCCAUCCAGAAGGGCUGCCCACCAGCGUCCUGGGGUAGGUAGUGUCUUAUAGAUACUCUCUCUGCCAGUCCUUCCAUCCAGUUGGUGUCCCGGCCAGGUAAUGGCCAUGGCCGGCCAUCACAAUAUAUCUUUAUAUAUAAUCUUCAUUUGGAUGUUGAUCUUUGUUUGUCCGCGAAUUCACUGCCUUGUGUGGUGUCCCUGCUGUGUUCAGUAGAGGGCAGUAGUGAUGGAGGAGGAGAGGAAGUGAGGGGGAGGAUCGUUGGAUGAGGUUGGAGUGUGGUGAUUAAAGAGGAUUGAACUAAAGGAGACUACAUGCUGUUUGUACUGGCUGAAUACACAACACCUUGGUUGUUACUUUUCUUUACAAACACUGUCGAUAGCACUCUUUGUGUUUAGAUCUGGUGUCGACACCUGCUUCGUUGUCGAGACUGUGGUUUUUUGUGUUUUCUAUUGACCGUCGUUGGCAGCACUUCGUCCAAAUCGAAUGUUCACCCACUUCUUGGAGUCGGCAGUCAGAGUAUAUAAGUCGGGCACACUUCAGUGAUUUUCCAUCAGUCGGCGUUUGGAGUUCAAGAAAGAAGCAUUGGUUCUUCCUUACUCUUUGGAUUGCCACAAAGCAACCUGCGAGAUUGGAGAAAGGUUGAGAAGAGAUCGUGAGAGGAAACGACAGCGUCAUGAAAACGAGACGGACUGUGAACGGAGAGAAGCAGAAAUGCUCCUCCACCACCACAUAAUUACUAUUCGGACAGUGAUUCCGAGUAGGCCGUUCCUAUCGAAUCAAUGUCCAAGGGUUUUGUUUUGUAAUUUUGUCCAUCUAUCCAUCCAUUUUCCAACCCGCUGAAUCCAACCUGCUGGAGCCAAUUUCCCUUAAAAAUCAUAAUGCUGUGCGAUGAAGGGCCCAGUUCGUUCACGACUGGCAGCCGUGUUUAAACAGGGAGCCCUUCACAGACAACUUUAACACGUGCGACGUAGUUGGGCGCACAUGGCUAGUUAUUAUAUAUAUAUACACACUGUAUAUAUGGAUCGUUUUUGGGUGGAGUAUUUCAUUAAAAAAUGGAGAAGGAAAUGAAAUGAAAACCUUUAAUGAAGCAAAGUUGAAAACCAACAUUUCAGUAAGUCCAUUAACAAAACCAAAUGCUGAGCAUAACUCGUUGUCAAAAGGGAGGAUUGCUAAAAUUUCUAACCCGAAAGUAUGUGGAAAUCUUGCAUGAGCUUUUGUUUGUUAUUAUACUCAUUAUUAAUAUAUUAUCUUGGGUGGCAUCAAGCAUGUGGUAGCAGUGAAACUGGUGUCAGUGAAACGCUCCAAGCAACAGAGUAACGUGUUGUGGCAAAAGUAUUACAAAAUGGCGGAGCCCACUGCAGAAAAAUAUGAUUUUACAGUAAAAUGGAAAC